CGUGCAUUUUCUGCAAGGCCGGCUGUGUACUGGUGGAGAAGUGCCUGGAAACUCGCCUCGGGAAGCGUCGCCAUGAAGCAGCUCUGUGUACUGGCAGUAUUACUGACUCUGGCGCUGGCCGAGCCAACCGUCUACUUCAAGGAAACAUUCGAAGACGCGGAUUGGGAGGAGAGAUGGGUCGAGUCCACGCACAAAUCUGACUACGGAGAGUUCAAGUGGACGGCCGGUAACUUCUACGGUGAUGCAGAGAAGGACAAAGGGAUCCAGACGAGUCAAAAUGGAAAGUUCUACGCCCGGAGUGCAAAGUUUGAUAAGUUCACAAACGAAGGGAAGACCCUUGUUAUUCAGUUCACGGUCAAACACGAGCAGAAGAUCGACUGCGGCGGUGGCUAUGUCAAGGUCGGUGGA